UGCUGGAGAGCCGGGCGGAGUGAAAGAGACGGGACCUGUGUUCUUUAGAGGAAAGAAACGCUGCAGCUCUCUCUCCAUUAGUGGAUGAGGGACAGCUCGAGUGACUCCUGCGUGGAUGGACUUUCAGCCGUCACCAUGGCAACACAGAGAGUGGAUCUGCAGCGGGACAUCGAGCAGCACACGGAGAGCGUGGCGUCGGUGCUGACGCUGUGCGACGUCCUGCUCCACGACGCCGACGCCUGCGGCACGGACUCGGAGAACGACUCCAUCCAGCAGACGACCCGCAGCCUGGACCGCCGCUGGAGGAACAUCUGUGCCAUGUCCAUGGAGAGGAGGAUGAGGAUCGAGGAAACCUGGCGUCUCUGGUGCAAGUUCCUGGACGACUACUCUCGCUUCGAAGGCUGGCUGGCGACCGCAGAGUUCACCGCAGCCGACCCCGACUCGGCCGACGUCCUCUACACCGGCGCCAAGGAGGAGCUCAAGAAGUUCGAGGCGUUCCAGCGGCAGGUUCACGAGCGCUUGACUCAGCUGGAGCUGGUCAACAAACAGUACCGCCGUCUGGCCCGGGAGAACCGCACCGACGCCGCCAGCAAACUCAAAGUCAUGGUGCACGAGGGGAACCAGCGCUGGGACAGUCUGCAGAGGAGGGUGUCCGCCGUGCUCCGCAGACUCAAGCACUUCACGUCUCAGAGAGAAGACUUCGAGGGGACUCGUGAGGGGAUCCUGGUCUGGCUGACGGAGAUGGACCUCCAGCUCACCAACGUGGAGCAUUUCUCCGAGAGUGACAUCGAGGACAAGAUGAGACAGCUCAACGGCUUCCAGCAGGAAAUCACCCUCAACACCAAUAAAAUCGACGCCCUCAUCGUGUUCGGGGAGAACCUGAUCCAGAAGAGCGCUCCUCUGGACGCCGUGCUGAUCGAGGACGAGCUGGAGGAGCUGCACUCCUACUGCCAGGAGGU